UUUUUAUACUUGUUUAACGAAAUAUGUUACAACCAUAUAGAGGAAGUAGUCAACCACCUCGAUCAAAUCAGAUCUAAAAUUAUUCUCGCUAGAACAAUUAGUAAUUGGCUCCUUUUAAUAUGUUUUAAGAGUUUGAUUCGAUGUCGAACAAGAUGAUGCAACAUAUGGAUCGUUAAUUAGCCAACCUAGGAUUUGGAUCUGUUUUUAAAGGCUUUGAUGACAUAGAAAAUGAAAUGAUGGAAUUCUCGAAUAUUCAUCGACAUAUGGCAGGUUUGAACUAAAGAGAUGUUAACUAACAUUCAAAGGAUGGAGUAUUUUAGGUAUACUCAUCUAGUUAUGUUUAAUCAUAAAAAAUGGGACCAGAUGGACGAGUAGUAUAAGAAAAAUAUUUUGAUAACAAUGCAGUGGCUAGAGGUGUUAAUGGUCAUACUAUAAGUGAAAGAUAACAAGGAUAUAAGAAUAGUGAUGGAAUAGAUAGAUUUGGACAUGAAAGAAUGAUGAAUGAUAAAGGCAGAAAGCAUGUGAGAGAAAGAGAUAGAACAGGUUAAGUAACUACUACAAACCAUUAUAUGAAUAUGGAUGAAAAUUAAGUUGAAUAAUUUGAAAAUGAAUGGCUAGGAAUGGGUAGAAAUUUAGGAAUCUAAGGACCAUAAGGAGGACUCAGAGCCUUGUAGGGAUAGUAAAAUAUGAGAGAUCUUAACAAUCAUCCUUUUCCAAAAGAACAAAUUGCUUAUGGCACUCCCAGUUACCCAAGAAACAAUGAUAUCUAACCAAUUAUGUUGGGAAAUAAUAGUAAUAGUUAUAAUAACAACCCAGGUCGAUUGGCUCUACCAUAAUAGUAAUAAUAAAUAACCAGAUCAGCCGUUCAACAACCUGGAAUACAAAGUAGAGUUCCACCUUAAUAACAACCUGUUAGGGCUCUACCUGCAAGAAAACAAGAGUUUACUGGAGUAUAUCAAAAUAAGGGUGCUAGAAAUCAACAUCCUCAGGCUGGAUGAAAUAACAAUUUUAUUCAAAACAAUAAUACCAAUUUUUAUUAAUUUUGUUCAUUA